AGGUGAAGUGACCUCUAAUCAGGGAGUCUGAUUGGGCUUCAGUUUGGAGCCACGCCCCUCCACAUGAUACCAGCAGGAGGCAGAACCUCGUCGUGACAAAUUGACCACAAAUGAUCCGAGAGUAUACGGUCCGUUUAGAGUGUUUGAGGCGAUGCCAAACAUUCACGUAGAUUUUGGUGUGAACGCACCAUGAGUCAACUGUAGCUUACGAUUGCUAAGAAACCAGACGAUCAGCUUCUCCGCUGCAGCCUGUACUAACAGGAAGAGACGUUUGUUGGUAGACUCUGAGCGACUGAAGGUGACCUCAUCAUGGAUUUGCACAUCAUUGGGCUGAAUGAAAUACGUCCCUCCGUCUACAGAGUUGCAAUGAAGCUUCUGUCUCUGCAGAGACUCUGUCACAUGGAUCUGGUGUCUUUUCGACACAUCACGACAGCCCUCCCCUCUGUGGGCACAACCAACCUUCAGCAGGAAAAUCGAAUAAACAGACAGGAAGUGACCCGGAUUCUAAAAAGGAUGUUCCACAACGUGUCACAGGAAGAGCCUGGUCAUGUAACUGAGGAAGCUCCAGAGGAGAUCUGCAAUCUGAUGUUCAGGCUCAACGAUCGGAGUCAGUCUGGUUUCAUAUCAACUGUUUCUCUUCAGACUUCACUCAUCGCUCUUUCAGCUGAAUGUCUAUUGGUUAAAUACAGAGCCCUUGUGAGGGUCUCAGGGAACGGUUCAGGAUCAGUCAGCAGGUCUGGGCUCAGCUCUUUGCUACAGGACCUCAGCCAGGUUCCUGGGGCGGUGCAGGAGGAAGGAGUGUUCACAGACGUGGAGGCGGCAGUGAGGUCGUGUUUUCAUAAGGUGUCGACCCCCACGGCAAGCGAAGAACAUGUAUCGUCAUGGCUUCAGAGCGAGCCCCCCCUGUUGCUAUGGUUACCCACUCUGUAUCGCCUGUCCGUCAGUCGGAAUGUUAGUCACGCCGUCCGCUGCCACACCUGCAAGGCCUGCCCCUUUAUCGGGCUCAGAUAUCGCUGUAUGAAGUGUGUGAACGUUCACCUGUGUCAAAGCUGCUUCUGGUCAGACAGACAGACGAGGAAACACAAAACUCACCAUCCAGUGCUUGAGUUCUGCACUCAGCCUACCUGGAGGGAGUCUCUGUCCUUGUUAGUGAGCAGCGCUCGUCAUGCCUUGUCACCACGGCGAUACACUCAAAGACAGGCCCCCAGUGGGAGGGGCCUGAUAAGAGUGGAGCCAGGGGAUGCUCGAGAUAGUGCUCGGCCCACCUCUCAUGCCUCAACAAGAUUGACUCCCUCAGCUGUCAGCCACACUCGCUCCGUUGACCAAGAUGGAGCCAUUGAUCAACCUCCUUCAUGUUCAUCUGUAGCUCUGCAGACUCACAGAGACACGCCCCCUCAGCAGCUGAAGGCUUCGCUUCUGCUGACUGAGGUCAGGAACCUGCAGAGAGACAAAUGGCUGAUGGAGCAACAGUUGCAUGUCUUGAGGCUCAACGUCCAAUCAGAGCAGGGCAUCCUGGAGGACCGGUGCUCUGGGAUGGAGGUCACGAUGGAAACGCUGAAAGAACACAACCUUCGUCUGCAGCGCUCGCUCAUGCAGGCUCUGAACAAGAUGGAGGUUCAACAAGAUGCAAACAAUGAGUAUCAAGACGUAGACAUAGAGGACACCGAGGACAUUAAGGACACAAAGGACAAACAGGAAAUUAUGGACAGGAAGGACACAGAGGACUUAAAGAAUACUAUUGGACACUAUUGGAGCGAGGAAGAACUGCAACCUCCCACAAUGCACCAGUACACACCUCUGUCCCAGGACUAUGAAGAGAAUCCUGCAGGUGACUGGCUGUUGUGUCCAAUAGGACAACAGGAGGGGCCAGAGGAAGAGGUCACUUGUCUGUCUGAAGAAGAAGAUUGUGGGAAUUGUAGUCCAGAGGAGCUGCUGCAGGAGACUGCAGAAAGACUGAAGACUGGGAUGGAGACCGACAGGUUGAGAUACAGACAAAGAGGUGAGAGGAACAGGGCGGAGCUUCUUGUUGCUGCAGACCAGGUGUGUGACUCGAUACGCCGCCUGGUGGACACUGUGAGAGUUGAAGCAUAGUAAUGACUAACAUUGAACUUACAAUAGAUUUUUAUUCCACAUUAACUUAUUGAUCUAUAAAUAAAGUGUAAAAGUAUUUUUUUUAAAACAGGUGUCAAUGACCGGUCAUGUAGUAUUACAGGAUCAUUAUAAUAAAACAAAGUCAUCAUUCACUAUUUCAGUGAAUUUUUACAAUUUUUAAAAAGCUCAGAUGUUGGCUUUUUUCUUACCAUUUCAUGAAAUAAAAAAGUAUAUUUAAAUCA